AAGAGGAGUCCUCUUCCAAGACAAUUUCAGGUCCGUGUUUCGGCUUCCUAGAACUUUGUUUGGGUGAAGCUUUUCCACAAAGUUCCGAACUUCACCCCAUUUCCCUCACAUUUCUUUGAUCAGUGCAGCAGACUUUCUCCUUUCCCUCCGCCUCACCUGAAGAUGAAGCACUUUCUCUCGCUGGGCAGCAUCCAUCAUGACUCACACAAGUUCUAGCAAGUACAGUGACCAGUCCUGGGCAAGAACCUAGUGCUUAAAAAUGCAACGAGUACAGGGUUCGACAAAUUCUGAAGCUGAUGAGUACCGAGAGAGAGAGGAAGGAAGAGAAGAAGGGAGAGAGAGAGACACCAAUGAGAGAGAGAAGCGUUGACCAGCUGCCUGCUACUUGUGGCCGGAACACGGAUCCACAUUCAAAUGGGGGGAUUACACACACCCCACCCAGAUCAAAGUUCUGCUGCCUGCCUCUUACAUUGAUGAGGACGCUUGUGAUUACAUUGGGCCCAGCAGAUAAUCCAGGAUAAUCUCCCACGCCAAGAUAUUGAUUCCAAAGAAUGAGUGAGGAGAACAAGAUGAAGCCAGUAGAGCUAAUCUGCCAGUAGAGUCUGCACAGUCAAGCUGACAAAACUAGUUCAAAGCACACGGGCUGAAGCAUAAGGAACAGAUGUUAACUUUAACUAGCCCAACGACUUCAACUUUUGAACUUUGUAGCUAUGCAUCAAUAUUGGAAGAUUAUAUAUAUACUAAGAUAACCCUCUGAAGAACAUAGGAAAGAAUGUUCAUGUAUCCAGACCACCUGACAUUCGUUAUUCAGAUUGCCCAGCAUCUAUUAUACAGACCACUGGACAUCUGGAAGAUUACCAUCCUGGACCAAUCCAGAGGCUAAGACUGCAGGGCUGAUGCAUCUCAAGAAUAUAUAUUUUUUAUUAUAAGAACUGUCAACAUUUCUCUUUUUGUUGAAACACUCCGGGUGUUGUCAGGUAGUGUUUCAGAUUUGCAAAUCCUAAGACCUUGAAUAAAACUUUGCCACUUUAAAUGUUAGUGAAGCUUCCUGAUUCAUUCAUGCUCAGCGGACAAUUCAUUCAUCCUCACAACUCCAUGAUGUAUACAGAUGCAAAAAUGGAGUCAUAGAGAGGUAAAUCAACUCACCCAAGGUCACCCAACCAGGAGGCAUCGGUAUGGACAGAUUGACUUCCUGUCCUUCUGCUCCGUGCCCUAGGAGGCUGACCUGACAUGGGUUUUCUCAAUAGGCUCCCCAGCUUCCUGGUCUUCUGGCUCGAGAGUGUGGCAGAAAGCCCCAGCAGGACUAUGGCAACUCAGGAAGCCACUCCAGGCAGCCAGUCAGAGAACAGUGCUUUGGAACUGCCAUCUGCUUGUGACAUAAGAGAUUAUAUGCUGCAAGAAGCUGGCCAGGAGGCCCUCAGCGAGGCUGUUAGUUCGGUAGAAGCCCUUUCUAUUCCUUCCUCUUCUGAGGUGGACCCAGCUGCGUCCCGCAAGAUGGAAGCAGCUGAAGGAGAAGAGUUACUGCCGUGGCGCCUCCCUGAGCUGUUCGAUACCUGCCAGCGGCUUUUGGACGAGGUGGAAGUCGCGGUGGAACCCACCGGUUCCCUGGUUGUGCAAGAGGAGGUGUUGAAAGGACUACAUCUCCUGAAGCAGUCGGCCCAGAUGUUUCUGCAGCUUGACUUGUUCGGCCAUAAUGAAGAUUUGGAAGAGAUUGCUUCCUCUGACCUGAAGUACCUGAUGGUACCAGCCCUUCAAGGAGCACUCGCUCUGAAACAAGUCAGCGCCGGCAGGCGGCUAGAUGAUUUGCAGUGGGCUCGAGAACACUUUUUAAUCUACUUAACUCAGUGCCAACACUAUCAUGUGGCAGAGUUCAAGUUGCCUAAAACCAAGAACAACUCAGCUGAAAAUAACACGGCUGGUUCUUCUGUGGCCCGUCCUAACCUUGUGGCUAUGGCAUCUCGAAGACAGGCUAAAACAGAGAGAUACAAGCAGAAGAAGGAGACGGAGCAUAGGUUGUCUGCCCUGGAAGCUGCCGUGGGGAGCGGGGAAGCAGACCACCAGCACGUUCGUGAGUAUCACCUCCUGCACCCGUGGAGGUGGAUCGGCAUCCGCUUAGAAGAGAUCGACAGCAUUGACCAGGAGAUGGAGAUCCUGAGGGGAAAAGACGCCCCCGAACAGGCAUCAGCUCCUGGCUCAACUCCUCAGUCCAGGCCUCCAAUGAAACCCUUUAUUCUCACUCAAAAUGCCGCUCAAGGCAAAGUAUUUGGAGCUGGUUAUCCAAGUCUGGCAGCUGUGACAGUGAGUGACUAGUAUGAUUAGCAUCGGAGUGGAGCUUUACCAGGUCAGGGAAUGCCCAGGACAACCUCAGAGGUCAGGAGAGGAGCUCAGCAACAGGAAGAGCAAGGACAAAAGGAGGACGAGGAUGAUGAGGAAGCACUCCGGAGAGCUCGGGAGUGGGAUGCCUGGAAGGAUACCCAUUCUAGGGGCUCUGGCAACCGACAGAACAUGGGUUAGUCUUCCCACAACAAACGGGAUGACGGGGCACACCUCUUCCCCUCGAAGAAAAGCUGUGCUGUCUUGCCAGUACCUGGGUUCGGCUUUAGCUCUGUACCGCGAAGGCAAAGAUGCUUAAUCUUGCCUUGCAUUCAAAUAAAGGGGCAAGCAGUUAAGUGUGUAUCUGUGGCCUAGAUGAUGAGCCAGUGAUUCUUGUUUUGGCAUUGUCCCAAUCAUGUAUUGCAGUUUCUUCAGUGGAAAGAAAAGGGUGCCGAGAAGUGGGCUGUGUACAGUCAACGGCUGUGUGAAUUCUCCUUCAAAAAUAAAGUCCUUUUUAUUACAGGAGCCUGUGCAGGAAGAAAAAGGGAGAAAGUUUUAGUUUCAGAUCAUCCUAUGUGGUUACUCUGGCCUCUGGGUUUGUAAGGCCGCCACAGGGGCCUCCCCUGAGCUCGUCAGGUUUAGUAUGUGGUCCCCUUUCUCAUCCACACCUUGUUUGAUUGCCGAUCCCUUGGAGAAUCUGACUGAACGAAUGAAAGCUUUCCUCCAAAAAGGGGGAACUUUAAAUGUGGUGUGUGGUUCCAGGGGACCCCCCUCCCCCAACUCCUAGACCUAGAACUUAACAUUUAAAGGAAUAAAACAAGAAUGACCGGAAGAGGGGGUUGCUCGUUGGGGGUUGGGCGCCUGUGCCCUCCCUCUUUUGAUCAAAAGAGGAAGCUGCCUGCUCCUACAGCUGGAUCUAUUAAAUUCUUGCCAAACAGCAUAGAGAAGAAAAGAAUCUAGUGUCUCUUGCUGGUGGAAAUUAUGCUCUUUCACGGGAUUGCAAGGAAAGUAUUCCAGGAACCCACACGUGGGAGGUUGUGACAGGAUGAGGUAUCUUUGGGCUAGAAAUAGAAGGUGCCUCCAGAUUCCCAGUGUCUCAUCUUCAUUUUUCCUGUUGUGGAAAAAGCCCACCUUUGUCUUCAUCAGGCCCAGAAAUAGGGCCAAUGUCCAGAGAUGCUGUGCCAUGACAGAGUUUCGUCCAUAUCAAAGCUUGUUAGUCCCCCAGGCAGCUGGCACUGCUGUAUCCAGUACCCAGGCCUGGCCUGGAGUUGGCUGAUGUCCGCGUAGCUCCUGGCCAUGUAGCUGCGAGGGGCCACACGGUUGCGGUGGAGAGAAAAUGUGUGAACAAGUGGGGCAAGAGCAUGUUACAGAGAGAGAGAGAGCGUGCGCGUUUUUGUUAGGCUGAUUAUCUUCAGCUUGGGAAGGACCAGGUGCUUCUUCAGACUAAGCAAUCAACCUUUCAACCUUUCAUGGGCUUUUCAUCGGUCCGUCCCCUAACCAGUCUAUCUCCUAGAUCUUCCAGGGUUCUGUGUCCCUCAUCCAAUCUGAUUCUCUCCCCAGGCCACACAGACAGGCCUUUAUGGUCACCAUCUUGACUUCUGUGCAUGUGCUUACCACCCCCUGCUCCUUGCGAGGAUCUGAGACCAGAGGCCGGGUGCUUCCCUACGUGGGGAAGGGAGGGGUGUUAAUCCCCUUGGUGGGGCAAUGCUGUGGUUCCCCUGAGUGCGUGAAGCUGUAGCUUCCUGAUUAAUAAGCAGGCAUGUGCUCCCUAGUUGAUUAUGGUUAAUAAUGUCUGACCCCCUUUGCUUCCUUCCUUUAUUAAUAUUCAGCUACCUACACGAACGCUUCCACUCGGUCUCCUGUAUGUUUUUACAUGACUUUAACCUUUAGGCCAGUGUUGUUUGCUCAGUGUGUUCCACGUCCUGUACUCUUUCACUACCUUAGAGUGAUUUGUGAUUGUGCAAGAACAUUUCGGUUGUGGCCUGACACAAGGUGCACCCCAAGAAUUCCAUCACAGAGGCUGCACUCGCUGACAGUGUCCAUCUGCUGUUUCUGUCACCGAUCGUGCAUACCAGUGCCACUUCACAUUGUGUGACCGGCAUGGAAAGAUGUGCGGGUGUAUCAGACAAGAACUGGCAUUCAGAAGCAGGGUCUUGUUCAAUUUUGCAUGAGAUGUUCCCUGUUGACUUGGAAAACUUGCAGUGUUUGAAAGCAGGGGUAGAAAAUACAACCCCAGAGAUUCUAUAUAUCCAGACUCCUUGGCAGUUGGUGUACUGGGAAGCGGGCUGUGUACUGGGGCGAAGUGAAGCUGUUGCCCUGCCCAGAAGAUGUUGGUGGCGUCCAGGCAGCAGGAAGCGUGGCAACAUUCCACAGCGAUCAGCUGAGGGAAAAACAAAAAUCCUAACCCCAGAUGGCCUUUCUCCCUCCCAGGAGAUAGUAUUGCCUUGACCGAGGAGACCUGUACCUUAGUGCCCAGCUCUUGGUCUCAUAAACCACAGCAAUAUGAUUGUGUUUCUAGUUCUUACUCUCCUUUGCCAUUCGGUUCUCCAGUCUCCUCUUGGAUUCCUCAAAAUUAAAAAAUUAGGCUUUUAUACAAGCGGUACAUGUUUCAAUUUCUUAGAAAGGGUAAGAAGUAGAUUAUUUGGUGCUGACAGCACAGUAGGAAUGUAAAUGUUUGAACUCUACCAAGUUUGUGAUCCAACAGAAGUGGGCCCAAGCAAGGUAGGACUGACGGCUGGGCCUGGUGACCUCCGUUUCUCUGUUGAAUGGGCAGAAAGUACAGCCUUGGGGGCCAGAGGGCUUUAUUACUUUGCACACAGUAUCCACAGACAUGUUAUAGAACUCUGAGCCUCAGUUUUUCCCUGUUUUAUGGGGAUAAUAAUACCUGCCCCAUGGAACUGGACACACAGCCGGUAUCACAAAUGACGGUCCCCUCCUCCACACUGUGUAAGCGUCAGGUGUAGUGGUCCAUUGUGGAUGGGUUUAUGAAUUGUGCCUUCUUCCUCCCUGUUGAAAAGUAGAAUAUUUGCUUGUCUGUUUUCUUUUAUCAUGUAUCAAGUAGUUACGAAGCUUAAGAAGCGCUUACCACUUUUCUGUAUGACUGUGAGGAAGCAGAUUAUCUGCAAUAAAUGCCCUGUGUCCAUUAUUUCCUGGUCAGGCACGUGGCUUUGAUAAAUGACUUCCUAAGUCCUGAAGGGAUUGGGUCUAGUCCUAAAAGAAACCGAACAAUUGAAUUUUGAUGGAUGCAGAACAGAGGCCCACAGUAUUAUCCCAGGAGUUGGAGAGGUUCCUGGCAUCUGCUCUGGCCCUGGACAAAUUCAGCAUCACUAUUUCACUGCAGAAUGAUGGGGGGGUUGGCUUUCCUGGCCAUCUUGCCUGCCCAUGAUAUGCUGAUCAGUUAAGAUAGCAGUAUUCCUUCUUUGCAUGUUAUAUUUUUGUUUCUG